AUGCUGCUGGAUGAAGCAACGGCGUCCAUUGACUACAAUUCAGACACCAAGCUACAGCAGACAAUCAGGGAAGAAUUCUCGGGCAGCACGGUUUUGACCAUUGCCCAUAGGCUAAGAUCCAUCAUCGACUACGAUAAGAUUUUGGUGAUGGAUGCAGGAGAAGUCAAGGAGUACGAUCACCCAUAUUCGCUUCUGUUGAACAAGAACAGUAUUUUCUACAGUAUGUGCGAGGACAGUGGGGAACUGGAGUCGCUACUCCAGCUGGCGAAAGAGUCAUUCGUGAAGAAACUCAAUUCCAAGUAA